UACUAAAUAUCUCGAAUUCUCAGCAUUUCUUUAAAGGAAAAAAGAAAGCAAUCGUAACCCCUCUGCCUUCCCACUCUGCAACCCUAGCAUUGUUGCUGCUCCUCCGACUCCCACCCUCUGCUCCCUUUUUUUGCCAAUUUAUUGGUGUUUCUAUGGAGAUUUAAGAAAACCCAGAACGGCAGAAAUGUCAGGAUCUGAGACAGGAGUCAUAGCAAGCAGAGGAGACCCCUUCCCGGUCGGGCUCCAGAAGGCUUCCCUGCCGUCACAGCCGGUGGUGCAGAACAUGCGCUUGGCCUUUAGCCCCGACGGGACAGCUGUCUACAAGCCCGCCACUGUCUCGUCACCCUCCUACAAGCCCCCCUCUGCCGCCGGGAACGGCGGCGCCGCGGAGGCCGCCUCAAUGGAUGGAGGUGGUCCUGCCGCGCUGGCCCACGGGAUCAACAUGAAUGUUGGCGCGGAGCCGGCGAAGAAAAAGAGAGGAAGGCCCAGAAAGUACGGGCCGGACGGCACAAUUGCAUUGGGCCUCACGCCGGCGGCCCCGGCGAGCACGGUGGCGCCAGCUGGCGGAGGGUUCUCCUCCCCGCACCCGGUUUCCACAGUGGCUCCCCUGACGUCGGCGGGCGAAGGGUCGGGCCCUGCAUCGCCGAAUUCGUUCAAGAAGAGAGGGAGGCCUCCUGGUUCUAGCAACAAGAAACGGCAGUUGGAGACUCUAGGAUCACUUGGAAUUGGAUUUACACCACAUGUGAUCACUGUUAAAGCUGGAGAGGAUGUUUCCUCCAAAAUAAUGUCGUUUUCUCAACAUGGUCCGCGGGCCGUUUGCAUUUUAUCAGCUAAUGGAGCCAUAUCGAAUGUGACCCUCCGCCAACCUGCUAUAUCUGGUGGGACCGUAACUUAUGAGGGGCGAUUUGAAAUACUGUCGCUCGCUGGUUCAUUUUUGUUAUCAGAGAGUGGUGGUCACCGAAGCAGAACUGGAGGUUUAAGUGUGUCUUUGUCUGGGCCAGAUGGUCGUGUUUUAGGGGGAGGGGUCGCGGGUCUACUAACUGCUGCCUCCCCUGUUCAGGUGAUCGUGGGAAGCUUCAUCGCUGAUGGUCGCAAAGAAUCAAAGUCAGCAAACCACGCAGAACCUUUUCUAGGCACAGCGAGGAUUGCAUCGUCUGGUGGGUUUACAGGGGCCAGCAGCCCGUCUCAUGGGACUCUCAGCGAAUCCUCUGGCGGCCCAGGAAGCCCGCUAAACCAGAACACAGGAGCGUGCACCAACAGCACCCAACAAGCCUUGCCCAUUGUGCCCUGGAAGUAAAUCACCUCUCGUCUAGUUAACCUAAUUUGUGUGGUAGGCUCCGCAUGCUGAUAAAUAGAUGGCUAAUCUAUGUGAUCGUCAUUCGUUGCCUCUAGUAGUGCGAGUCCUUGCAUGAGAUUCUUAGAAUAAGGACUCCAUAGUGUGUUUGGCAUAUGUGAAUUAAGUAGAUAGCCGCCUGUUAUGUUUCACCACGGUGUUUGGUCUAAUGCUAGAGAUUCGCUUUUAGAGUUUUAUGAUUAGAAGCUUUCAUUGAUGUGAGAUCGGCGAACCUCGUGUCAUAUGGUCCCCCAUGUAUUUAUGGUAUCGGUUUGACGAUGGAUGAUGCUGGAAGGGGAUUCUUAUCGGCUAAUUUGAUUUAUGAAGUAUGAUUUGUUGCUUUUGAGUGGAAAA